UCCCACGGCAAGUACUCACUUCAAAUCUUACAUCGGGUGCUCCGAGUCUACGCCAUCCGAAAUCUUCGCGCCGCCGCCCUGGUGCCCUGCCACCAUGGCCAUCCAAUCCGAUCACCGACGCCUAUCCUCUCAACUCCGCCUCUCCGUCCCUAUUAGCCCUCCCCUUUCCUUUUCCCGUCUUCACCCUUCACUCACCCCUGCUGCUGCGGCCGGUGCUAUACCCCCGUCCUCCCCCUUCCCCUUCUCGCCUCCCUAUUCCGCCUCAACCCCCUCAAAGAAACGCCGCCUCCCUUCCUCCUCCUCUUCCUUCUCAUCUCUCUUUCUCCUACUCUUCUCCCUCCGCUCCCUCUAUUCUCUCCUCCCCUUCCUCCGCUCUACCCCACCUGCCUUCUCCCUCUUCCCUUUCUCCUUCCUCGUCUCUCUCCUAUCCUUCCUCCUCUCCAUCCCAUUCUCCCUCCCUCAAACCCUAACACUAAAUCUUCCCCUCCGCUCCCUCGUCGCUAAAUCAUCCCUCCUUACCCUUGUCUUCCUCCUCCGUUUCCACUCCCUCCGCUACUGCAGCGCCGCCGCAUCCAUCUUUGCCGACCUAUCCGGCGCCAUCGCCGCCCGAUCACUCUCCGAACACGUCCUUCGCAACCGUCGUCGACACCGGAUCAUUGGGUUUAUCACGCUGAUGGUCGCGCUUAUUCUUCUCUCAUACAGCUGGGAUCGGAACGACUGCUUUCCUCUUUCUCCUUCUUUUUCUCCUCCGGCGGAGGGCUGCAACCGUGUAGUCUCCGUAGUACUCACCUUCCUCUCUGGUUUUCUAGGGUUCCACGAGCGCGCUGCUGGAAAUUCUGGAGUUUUUAGACAACUUGGUAAGAAGAGGACUCGGCUGGCUUCCCUCGCCCUUACUACGGUAAUCCUGUUUUUUCCUGCAUGCAUUAGUUUAUUUGUGCAUGGAGACGGAGAGAAUGGGGGUAGUUCUGUUUCUGUGGCCGAUAUGGGGUGGCCUUUAAUUAAUACUGUUAUAUUCGGGGUAUUAUUGAAUGAGAAUUUUAGUGGUGAUGAGAAGUUUGGAAUCACUGGGAAGGGUUUUCAGCGAGAGUUUUUUGUGACGUUUUUCUGCACACUUGUGUUGGAGCUUGUUUACUACCCCAAGCUUUCUUUACCGGGUUUUCUGAUCUGUGGAUUCUUGUUAUGGGUUUCACUUUGGGAAUUGGGUUCUUCAUCUUUUCAAUAUGUUGAGCUUGGAAACUUGAAUUCCACUGAAAAUAUUUAUGCAUUGGUUAUGAAUCCGGUUAGGCACAUUCUGAGUGAGAGGAAAACUAGAAAGAUUGCUCUUUUCUUAUUGAUUAACACUGGAUACAUGGUUGUUGAAUUUAUUGCUGGGUUCAUAAGCAACAGCCUUGGUUUGAUAUCGGAUGCUUGCCACAUGCUUUUUGAUUGUGCUGCUCUGGCCAUUGGGUUGUAUGCUUCCUACAUCUCGGCUCUACCAGCAAACAAUCAGUUCAAUUAUGGUCGGGGCAGAUUUGAGGUGCUAUCAGGCUAUACUAAUGCAGUUUUUUUAGUUUUGGUUGGUGCGCUUAUUGUUUUGGAGUCAAUGGAGCGGAUUCUUGAUCCCCAAGAGAUUUCCACCAGCAGUUUGUUGGCUGUUUCCAUUGGGGGACUGGUGGUGAAUAUCAUUGGACUAGCCUUCUUUCAUGAGGAGCAUCAUCGUGUGCAUGGUGGGGGUGGUCCUUGCCUUCAUGCUCAUUCCCAUUCUUGCUGUGAUUUGCAUUCUCAUUCGAACUCCAAUACUCAAUCUCAUUCGGUUUCACACUCCCAUUCCCAUGGGGAUUCUCAUGGUGUUCAUGAUCAUUACUCCAGCAAAAAUGAACACUCUCCGUCUGAUUCAAAAUCCAAUGCUCACUUUCAUUUCAUUUCACCUGAGCAUUCUCGUAUUGGUAACGAUGAGUAUUCUCUGUCUCAUUCCCAUCAUCAUUAUCAUCAUCACAGUGAAAUUGUUAACUGUGAUCAUCACACACAUGAAGAUAAAAAUAAUCACAAUCUCUGCCACCAGGAUCAUUAUCAGCCUUGUAACCAUCAGGAACAUGAUCAUCAAUAUCAGAUGCAUCAUGUUGGAGAUCAAAAUCAUCUUGAUUCUAGUAAACACAGCCAUGAAUAUCCAAACCUAUUGAUUGGAAUCAAAGAAGAGGGUUUGAAAAUGCACUAUCACAUUGACCACAAUAUGGAAGGCAUCUUUUUGCAUGUUUUGGCGGACACUAUGGGAAGUGUUGGUGUUGUCAUUUCAACCCUUCUAAUUAAGUACAGAGGCUGGUUAGUUGCAGAUCCAGCUUGCUCCAUAUUUAUCUCAGUAAUGAUUAUUUCUUCUGUUGUUCCUCUUUUGAGAAACUCUGCCGAGAUAUUGCUGCAGAGAGUUCCUAGGACUCACGAGCAGAAUCUCAGAGUUACUCGUGAUAGUCUCAUGAGGAUUGAGGGUGUUUGUGAUGUUCGGAAUUUUCAUGUGUGGAGCUUUAGUAAUACCGAGAUUAUGGGAACUGUGCAUCUUCAUGUGUCUUCCGAAACUAAUAAAGUUCUGAUUAAGAAAAGAGCUUCUGACUUAUUUCAUGAAGCUGGUGUCAAGGAUUUCACUAUUCAGGUGGAAUGUGUGAAAUGACAGUUAUAGCAUAUAAGAUUUGUAUUUUGGAGCUAGAAUUUUACUGGAGAAAUUUAUGUGCAAUUUUUGUUACAAAUGAGCAUUGUUUACCACGAUGAACCAUUUUCAAUCUUCUCCAUGAUUUGCAGCUUAUAUAGUUCAUGACUUGAUGACAAGUUGACGCCAGUUUACUACAUAGGCGAAUCUCUGCAGAAAAGAGUGCUUUAUGGUUUGCUUUUUCAGUUUCAGCUCUAAUAUUCUAGCAAUACAACAACAGUAGUUUAACGGUAUUUAUGCAUUGUAGAAGUAUCAAUAGCAGCUUUUGCAAAAUGUUUUUCCCUAUCUGUACUGCUUAGUACAGAGAGUAUAUAUAAGUGUGAGCAAGAAUAUUGUAGA